UGUGUAUUUUACGCAUGCGCGAAAUCGAAUCGGGUGAUCAUCCGACAGAUCUAGCUUGUUCGAGUCGCCGGUGGAAGGUCGUCUUCGGAGAAAUGCAAUGACGUCGCUAACGGAGAGUAUGCUAGAGGAAAAAUUUGAAGCCCGGAACUAUGUGGAUAUAUUGGAAGACAGACGGAGAGAUGGCGAUCUGUUCUGGGUGACCAGGAAGUGGGAGUGUCCCAAGUAUAGAUUUGCAGAGACGAAGACUCCGAAACAGAUAGCCGAAAACGUUUUAAAAGAUUCUAGGGUUCAGAUGAUGAUUUCUCGGUUGAGCGUAGAGAGGGGCGUAAACAGAGAUGAUGUAAUAAAAGAAGCCGAUGCGAUAAUUGAAGAAAUGAAUCAUAACUAUCAGUUGAAGGCCAUAAGGUUUUUCGGUUACAUUUUGGCAAAAGCGGCAAAAAGAUUAUACGAGCACAUUUACGUAAACAGAGACGGCAUAGAUAAUGUGAGAAAGGUCGCCGAUAAAUAUCCCAUUUUGUUUAUGCCGACGCAUCGGAGUUAUGCCGAUUUUCUUCUCGUUUCUUACAUAUGUUUCCAUUUCAAUAUACCCGUUCCGGUAAUUGCUGCCGGAUUAGAUUUUUUAGGUCUUAAGGCCGUUUCGAUGUUGCUGAGAAAUUCGGGAGCAUUCUUCAUUAGACGGCAGUUCAGCGACGAUAAAUUAUAUUGGACCAUAUUUACGGUUUAUGUUCAGAUGCAUGUUCUCGGAGGUGAUGCUCCCAUUGAAUUUUUUGUCGAAGGAACUAGAAGCCGGACUGCUAAGUCUCUGCUUCCAAAAUUAGGUUUGUUACAAGUGGCUUUAGAAUUGUAUUUUACUGCACGUGUUCCCGAUAUUACAGUCAUUCCGAUUAGUAUCAGCUAUGACCGAACGCUUGAAGAAAUUCUAUAUUCAUAUGAAUUACUAGGUGUUCCUAAACCUAAAGAAUCUACCAAAGGACUCUUUAAAGCACGUAAAAUUUUGCAACAAAAUUUUGGUAAUGUGUACGUACAAUUUGGUAAUCCAAUUUCGGUCAGAGAUUUUUGUAAUGGGAAAAUUGAUAGGAGCAUUCAUAAUCUUCAGCCUCGCUUUUUAUCAUCUCUUAAUGAGGAAGAACAAUUAUUAUGUCUUAAUUUUGCAAAUCAUAUAAUAAAGAGACAACAGCAUAAUUUAUUGUUGUCGCCUUUUCCAUUGAUUUGUCUUGUCGUCGGAUACAUAGAUAAUAAUCAAAAAGUGUAUUUAAAUGAUUUAUUUUCAAAUGUUGGCUGGUUAACAAAAUUGUUAAAUAAAACUGGAAUAAGCAUUGUCUAUGAAAACACUUCAUUAAAUGAAUCUAUUAUUUAUCAUAUAAAUCUUCAUUCCAAUCUUCUGAAAUUAUCAGAUGGUUAUGUAGAAGUAAUAAGUCAAGUGAAUGAUUCUCGAAAUGACUACGAAACUUUGAGAAUUUCAGUUGAUAUGAUGAAACUUGCAAUUCCACAAAUGAUGAUAUAUCAUUAUAGCAAUCAAGUGCUGCAACUGCUAGUUCAUUUUUCCAUGAUUUCACUCACUUUAAAUAAUAAUGUGUCUUUGGCUUUAGAUGUAGUUUUUAAUAAAUAUAAGAUCCUUAUGAAAUUACUUAGCAAAGAAUUUGUUUUUGAACAAAAUAUUGUUGAUGAAUUUAAGAUGCAUCUACAGAUAAUGCAGGAGGAGGAAAUUUUACUUGUAGAGGAUUCAAAAAUUUCAGUAGUAAAUCAAAAUAAAAUAAAGGCUUUAGCAAGUCUUUUGGUUCCAUUGUUGCAGACAUUUGCAAUUUUAUGUGAGCAAUUUUUAAAUGGUAGGGUUAAAGGUGGCACAAAUAAAGAUAUUAUACACCAAGUUCAAAGAGCUAUCGAAAUUUUACUACAAAAAAAAGAAAUUAAUGAUUAUAAAUCGUUGUCUGUAAAUACUAUUACAAACUGUAUUACUUGUCUAGCUCAUUCAAAUGCCAUUCAAAAAGAAAAAAAGGAUGGAAAAAUUACAUUCAAGCCAAUUUUAUCAGAAGUAGCAACAAUUUUAUAUGAUAUUGAAUCAUUUUUACCAGAUCAAAUGUCAAAAACUAUAUAUAGAAAUGGAAGUAUUCAGUCAAAAUUAUAAUUUCAGUAUAAUUUUCAUAAUUCAUCCAUGUGUUUGUGUUGUAAAUGUACAAAAUAAAUAGGAAUUUAUAUAAACUGCAUACGUAUCUAAAAAAUA